UCUACUAUAUCUCUCUCCCAUUUCAGCUUUCUUUUUCAAAGGAGGAUUAGAGAAGAUGAAGUUUCAAGUUUUUGUGAUUGCGAUUUGGGUUUUUUCGCUCUCUUUUGCUUCAGUUUCAGCCAGAUUCUUUCCGAUCAAUAUAACAGGUAUUCCGCCGUGGAUUCUCCACAACACCACUAAAACCGCCGCAUGGGAUGCAUUCGCCAGAUUCGCCGGUUGCCGGCCAGGCGAAACACGGGAUGGUUUGUCUAUGCUCAAAAAGUACUUUAACUACUUUGGUUACUUGCCCAACUCACCGUCUAAUUUCACCGAGGAUUUCGACGACGAGCUAGAGAAGGCGUUGAGAACGUAUCAGCAGAAUUUCAACCUUAAUGUCACCGGUGAACUCGACGAUCAGACUCUUCAACAGAUCGUACGGCCGAGAUGCGGUAACGCCGAUAUUAUCAACGGGACGACUUCCAUGAACUCUGGUAGAUCGUCGUCGUUCCACACUACCGAACGCUUCCACACGACGGCGCAUUACUCAUUCUUUCCUGGAACGCCGCGUUGGCCUUCGAACCGGCGGGACUUAACGUACGGCUUCUUUCCGGCGAACGAGUUAACCAACGAAAUAAAAGCCAUCUUCACAAGCGCCUUUCAGAAAUGGUCGGCCGUUAUUCCGCUGACCUUCACACAAACGGAUUCUUACUUCCUCGCGGACAUCAAAAUCGGGUUUUACAGCGGAGACCACGGAGACGGCGAGCCAUUCGACGGGAUUUUAGGGACGUUGGCCCACGCUUUUUCUCCAACAAACGGGAGGCUCCAUUUUGACGGGGAAGAGAACUGGGUUGUUUCUGACGACGUCACGAGGGCGUCUCUGCCGACGGCGGUGGACUUGGAGUCGGUGGCGGUUCAUGAGAUCGGACAUUUGUUGGGAUUGGGGCAUUCGUCGGUAGAAGAUGCGAUUAUGUACCCGUCGAUCUCUUCGGGAACGAGGAAAGUGGAACUGGCGAACGAUGAUAUCGAAGGGAUUCAAUUGUUGUACGGCAAUAACCCCGAGUUCAACGGUACUACGAAUUCGAAUAGUCGGGAGAGAGACACUAGCGGUGGCGUUCCUCAUCAUUUGGGUUCACGGUGGGGCCUUGGUUUAGUGUUGGCCGUUGGAUUUGGGUCUUUAUUUUUGUAGAGUAAUUAUUUUUGAAUAAUUUAUGCAGUAUACUUGU